CUGCCGCCACCGCGCGCCCGUCCCGGCAGCUCCGAGCGGGGUUUGCGCCGCCGCCCGCACCGAGGGGCCGCCCGCCCCCCGCACACAGCCGAUCGCCGCCGCGCCUCUCCCCGGCCGCGCUCAGCCCGGCUCCAGCCAUGUCCAAGCCUCCACCUAAACCGGCCAAGCCAGGACAGGUUAAAGUGUUCAGGGCCCUAUAUACAUUUGAGCCCAGAACGCCAGAUGAACUGUACUUUGAAGAAGGAGAUAUCAUUUACAUCUCAGACAUGAGUGAUACAAAUUGGUGGAAAGGAACUUGCAAGGGGAGAACUGGACUAAUUCCAAGCAACUAUGUGGCAGAGCAAGCAGAGUCUAUUGAUAAUCCACUGCAUGAAGCUGCCAAACGAGGCAACCUAAGCUGGUUGAGAGAGUGUUUGGAUAAUCGAGUUGGUGUCAAUGGCUUAGACAAGGCUGGAAACACAGCUCUGUACUGGGCAUGCCACGGAGGCCAUAAAGAUAUAGUAGAUGUUCUGUUUUCCCAGGCAAACCUAGAGUUAAACCAACAGAACAAAUUGGGAGACACAGCUUUGCAUGCUGCUGCAUGGAAAGGUUAUGCAGAUAUUGUAGAGAUGCUGCUGGCAAAGGGGGCAAGAACAGAUCUGAAGAACAAUGAGAAGAAACUGGCUUUAGAUAUGGCAACCAAUGCAGCUUGUGCUUCCUUGCUUAAGAAGAAACAGAGUGCAGAUACAGUCCGAACUCUGAGUAAUGCCGAGGAAUACCUUGAUGAUGAAGACUCCGAUUAACUUUUUUUAUUCAGCAUCAAGAACUAUAACUUGCGUUGCCUGUAUCAGUCUCAAAACAUAUCUUUGCAACUGUUAAAAUAUCUUAUUUUGAGUAUUGCAGUCUUCCAGUAUAGCAUAUAAAUGAGUGGGUGAAAUCAUGCUUUCCAAAGGAAUAAUCUUUCCCUAGGCCAGAAGAUGUCACGUUUUGAAUCAGAGUUCCUUUGGAAGUAUCCCACAUAGGAAGUGUGGCAUACUGUUACUGUUGAAUGGGCAGAACAGCAUCUUCUAAACUCACAUGCUUCAUCUCAGGCCUUCCCAGCAAGUGCCUUACAUCUCUGGAACGUGUUUCUCAAACUGAAAGGUCCUUCUGGGACAGCAAGACACCACUGCUAACAUUUUCCAAAAUCUCCAUGGGCAUAUGUUCCUUUGUGCAGCUAAUACUGACAGAGUCAGUACUGGCUGACAAGCAUAAAUGGGAAUGCUGCUAUAGGGAGGGACCAUUAUUUACCCACAUGGAGCCAGCAUGACAAAGUUUGAUUUUUAUUUUUGGUAAAUUUUUUUCCCUUCCUUCCUCUACCCCUCUAAGGUACAAAAUGACCUAGGAUGACCUGCCCCAGGAUGCUUUGUUCUCUCUAUUGCUCUGGGCCCAAUCCCUGAAACGUUAACUCAGGUGAAAUGCUUGCUUAAGUCAGGUUUGCUUGAGAAAUAUACUUAAUUCUGAACUUGGUGGCUUGGUUAUUUUCCUUUUUGAAGUGCAUUAUGCUGAAACUAUUUGUAGUGAAAGGAAGACAAAAUAUUUUCCUAUUUAUCCUGCCUAAAAUUUUUUAUACUGGUCUCUUUCUUUUACUUUGUAAAAGUGCUCUUAUAUUUUGUCCUAAAUUACCUCAAAGUUGAAGUGUGUUUGAAAGAAUGAGGGAAGAUGUAUAUCAAAUAUACUGCAGGUAUUUAGAAGAGAUACCUUAAGCUGAAUAAACGUUUUUAAAAUGUAUGGCUUCUUCCUGUGAACUAAAGAGAACUAAAACAUUAUUGAGCCCCUUUCGAGCUUCCCUGCAGAGCUAAAAGACAGUACUUUCUUUAGAUCACUCAAAUAGCUGCAGACAAAUAUUGUACCUUACUGAGGGAUACUUUCUCACUGUGAUGAUAAGAAAAUGUUACCAGUAUUUGAGAUAAAAUCUCAUAUCAGUUUUUGUUGCAAACUUCCCUAGUAGGGGCUUCUAACAAAUUCAUUUGAACACAGCAGUUUGCCAUACCAAAAAAAAAGGGAAAAAAAAAAAAAGAAAAGAAAAAAACAAGCUCUUGCGAAAGAUUGGGGAUAAGUGAAAAGCUCUUGUGAAAGACUGGGGAUAAACAAAAAGCUCUUGAGAAAGUCUGGGGAUAAAUAAAACUCACACUAAGUAUUUUAGAGAUUAAAAGAAGUCUAGAGCACUCCUAAUUUCCCACUUUUAAAAAUAUAUUCAACUCAAUUUUUUAUUUUUAUCACUCUGGAAAGAACUAAAUACAGGUAACACUUGCUAAGCAUUUGUCAAAGAAGGCAGUGCUUGAUUCAACAGAACAAUGUAAGAUGGAGACAUUACACCAAUAGUCAUCUGCAGAUAUAGUUGAAAACUGUUUAAAUGUUAAAACUAAACCAAAUGUUUUAACCGUAUGGAAUAUUGUGGCUACAUGAACAGUGAUGUUCUAUUUUGUAUAUGAGCUUGAAUAUCCUGGAGGAGAAGAAAUAAAAACCAAAGCCACCAGUUUUUUCUCUCUAGCUUUCAUUAGGACAGUUGUUGAACGUAACUGUUAACAGACAGAGACUGUUCUGCUUCACAUUUAAUCAGCCAGCUAUUCUACUAGCCCAGCUUUUUACUGUAGUCAAGCCACAUGUUAUGAUGCAUGCUGUUGAUUAAAAUGAUACAAUUUCAAAGUGCAAGUUUGAAAGGUCCUGUAAUGAGAGGCAAGAAGGUUCUUGAGUCUUUUUCCUGCAUAAAUGAAGCUCACAAGGUUAAAAUUCUCCAGUGUCACAGGACGUGGAGAGAAUGGCUCUUCCCAAGUCACUGUUUUUGUUGAGUUUUGGAGGCAGAGUUUGUAUUCUUAACUCUUAAUGUAAUGUCUUAUGCUGCCAUGGGUUCAACAUCCUACAAGGAAAACAUUAUGCUCCUGUCUCUGGAAUUAACAGCUGCCAGAAGACCUUAUGUUCUGCAGAUGCUACAAAAGAAGAAUGGUGACAGAAGCACAAGUUGAGCACAAGGAUUGCAUUCUGAAGUUCUUACUGAAAGAAGCACAUUUACAUCGCAAGACAGCUAGCAAGUGCUGUGAUUUGUUUCUAAGACCAAAAUUAUCGCUUUUGGGUUUUUUUCCACAACUUUGUUUUUCUUCAUGAGACUGUCUACUUAUCUUGUGAAAUACAGAUCACUGUGAAAGUUUUCAGGCAAUAAAUUACUUUUUGCCUAA